AUGGCGGCGCUGUGUGGGCCCCGUGCCGUGUCUGCUGAGAGCGGUCUCUUGCGACUGCUUCUCUUCUCCAGGCCCUUUCGGGUUGUAAGCACCGAGAGUGGGUCCGAGAGCUCGAGCCCCGACUCCUUAGCACCUCAGGCGCGCCCAGGCGGCUUCGCGAGCGCGCUGGAGCGGCACUUGGAUCUGCAGCGGAAGGCGGAGCUUGGACAGGAGUCUCCAAAAAAUGUGGAAUCCUUUGCUUCCAUGCUGAGACACUCUCCACUGACACAGAUGGGGCCUGCUAAGGACAAACUGGUCAUUGGACGGAUCUUUCAUGUUGUGCAGGAUGAUCUCUACAUAGAUUUUGGCAGCAAGUUUCACUGUGUAUGUAAAAGACCAGAAGUGGAUGGCGAGAAGUACCAGAAGGGAGCCAGGGUUCGGCUGCGGCUCUUAGAUCUUGAGCUAACGUCUAGGUUCCUGGGAGCAACCACAGACACCACUAUACUGGAGGCUGAUGCAGUUCUCUUAGGACUCCUGGAGACCAGAGACUCAAAACCAAGAGAGGAACAACUCAAAAAGUAAAUGAACUCUGCUUGGUGUGUUCACUGCUCUUUAGAGCCCAGAUACUCAGCAAGAGUGGAAUUAGAAAAUUGUGAAUAAGUGAUUAAAUGAAGAUAUAAUAAAUGAAAGCUAAUCAUAA